GUCACUUCAAAGCGAGAGAAAAGUUGUUGUGAGUUGAAGUUGAAGAAUUGAGUUGAGUUUUUGAGUUGAAGAAUAACACCAUGCGUGCAUUACUGCUCAUCGCCAUCUGCGCCAUCGCGGCAUCGGUCGGUGCGUUUUCUCUUCGGGUGCCUUAUGAAGAGCGUGCAUUGACCAAGGAAGAAGAGGAGAUGUUGGUGGGUCUCCUUGAGGCAGAACUGGCAACCAAGAGCGCCAAGGAGGUGGCAAUGAUGAUUCUUGCAGACCAGGGCGUAAGCACGCGCCAAGCAUCAGGUGAUUGCACAACGGAUGCAACCUCAGCUCAUUGCUGCGGCCAGGUCAAGUUCGCUGGCAAGUUUGAUGUGGAUGCUUGUGUGCUGGCCGAGUAUAAUGUCGAAGAUUUGAGUGUUCACUUGAAGUUGACCGUCCUAGGUCAUGACAUCAUCGACGAGACGGUGUCAGCUCAUGAUCCGCCUGCCAUCUGCGCACCUAUCCCCGACGUGCCAUUCACAUCGAUAUGCAUCAAGUUAUCGGAUCUGGAGGUAACCGGAAGCAAGUUUCACGGCUGCAUCGCUCUGUCUGCCAAGUUCUUCGGCCACACUGUGGUCACCGUUAACCUUGGGUGCGUGAACAUCGGGUAGACUGUACAUCGACGAUUGGCCAUUGAUUUGGGACAAAUGAGGGCGCUCCACGGACAGUGAAUCCAAUGUUAUUGGCGUAAACUUGCUAUGGGUGCAUAACUAUUAUGUUCCCCUGAAUACCUAAGUUCCCAAUACCUAUUAUGUUCCCAACCCUAACCCUGAGGACAUAGGUAUUGGGGAACGUAGGUAUUUGGGGAACACUCGGGUAGACCCCGUUGCUUUAAUGGACAUGUGACACGUACGUUUACAAACUCGGACUUUUUAGAUUGAAGUAGGCCUAACUUGAAAUUAGCUAUUUUUACCCAGUUUAUUACUGGAAAAUUGCAUUGGUAAAGCGCGCCCCCAUUCAAAAAAUGGCCAAUCAACAGUACGCAAGAGCUAUUAUAUGGCGUGAACCACGAGGUUUGACCACUUGUGCACUUUAUAACAAUUAUAUGUAGGCCCGAGUUCUGCACUAUCUUCUUUUCAAUAAGGCUGAUUUUAGUAACUGAGAUAUAAAGCAUAAUUGAGUCGAUAUGCAAUUGAAUCAAAGGAGUUAUCGAACACCGUACAGCGUUUGAGUUUUCACAAAGUACAGUUAUAAUUAAUUAGUUCAAUAAAUCACAGUUAUAUAUUUUUUGUUCAAUAAAAAUCAUAUAUUUACGUGCUAUUCAAGACCAUAGCUUUCAGACAAUCCUGAGGCUAAAACGAUCACCAUUCAAAACAUCGUCAACUCAAUUCGCUUCGAAACACGUAACUAUAUAUUGCCACUAUGCGGAGCCUCCAGGUGCCUUAAUUUGUGGUGACGGUGACAAAUUAUGACGUGGGCUUAAUUGUUAUUCAAUUUUGAAAGCAACCGUCAAAUUAAUCAAUGAAUCAAUCAAAAAAUUAAUUCAACAAGAAUAAUUACCAUUACACUAUUAAAUUUGAAUAAAGAAUUGAGAAAAGUCUUUGGCGGUAUGUACGGCACAGAAAUAUAAAUUUGGUAAAAGGGUUGUCCGCUAAUUAAGUCAAAUUGUUUAAUAUCUUUGUGGGCCGGUUGCAACCGUUGUGAAAUAACUUAAUAGGCUCUGGCCGACAACUAUAACUAUGCAGGGCUCACCCAGAAUCAGCAGGAAACCUCGUAUAUCAGUUAAUUUACCGAUAAAUACAAAUAAAUUUGUGUCAAUGAAUUUAUGAUGUCAGUGGUGAUCUUGGCUUUAAUCUUAAAACAAUAAAGGUUCUUCAGUCGGGCAA